CCUAAAAAAAACGCGAGACGCGAGGCCCCGCCGUGAUCGCGCAUCGCGUGGUGGUCCAAGAACAUCGCUGUUCGGCGACUGCACGCACCUGUGCGAGGACAGCUCGCUCUGUGGUGCAGCAGUAGUUGCUCUCAGAGAGACAGCAUGCCAUCCACCAGCAAUGCGUCGAACUGGCAGCAGCGCGAGGAGGAAGCCGUGAAAAAACUCAUCGAGUCGCUGCCGCAGUGGACCGGCCCGCUCGACGACGACGCGCCGCUCCCGCGGGGCACGAAGACGCGGACCGGCGUGCUACCGGAGAGCGGCCUCACGUAUUACUGGCGCAAAAAUGACGAGCCGCGCGACCGCGUGGAGCUCGUGAUUGCGGUGCGGGCGGGCUCCAUCGACGAGACGGACGACGAACGAGGCCUCGCGCACGUCCUGGAACACCUCGCGUUCCGGGCGCGCACGGACGCGGACGGAACGCGCUGGUCCGCGCUGCGGGAGCUCGAGGCCCACGGCGUCUCCUUCGGCGCGCACCAGAACGCCUAUACGUCCUUCGAGGAGACGGUCUUUUUUCUGCACGUGCCGGCGGACUUCUUCGGGCGGGCGUUGGAGCUGCUGGCGGCGUUGGUCGGCGAGGCGGCGAAGGUCGACGCGUCCGACGUCGACGCGGAGCGCAAGAUCGUGCUGGAGGAGUGGCGCCAGGGCAAGGACUGGGCCCAGCGAAGUACCGAGCUGCGUCGCAAUCAACCACUGUGUCGAGUCGGUAAUUUUUUAUUGCUGCGCAGGCACGGAAAGCCACUUCCGCCACACGUUCGAGGGCACGACGCUCGCGGCGCGCCUCCCCAUCGGGAACCUCGAGGUCGUGCGCACGGCCCGGCCCGAGACGAUCCGAGGGUUCUACGAGCGGCACUACACGGCCGACGCCCUGGCCGUUAUUGUCUGUGUGGAAAUCAAACUUUUACGGCGCGUUGUGCUGAAUCAUCGCGUCGUCCUCCACGCCAUCGACGCGACGUCUGCUCGAUGGCGUGGUGAUGCCGGUUCCUCACCGCUCGACCGAGCCAGGACGGCCGCGUCAGUGCACCCGACGAACUGGUUGAUUUCCACACAGGUUAUCGUCGUCGGCGCGGUGCCCGACGCGGUCCAGGUCGACCAGCUCGACCGGGCCUUCGCGCCCUACUUUCGGAAGGGCGCCGCGCGGCCGUGGCCGCGCGCGCCGGCGGCCUUCUUCCCCGACGAGUCAAGCUUCGGCGCCGCCGUGUUCGCGGAGGCGCCGCGGCGGCGCGUCCGCGCGAGCGUCUUCGAGGACGCCGAGGCGACGUCGGCCUUCGCCGCUAUCAGUGUGGCCAAGCGCUACGAGGCCGCGACGACGGUCGGCGGAUUCCGGCGGUGGCUCGUCGGCGACGUGGCCCAGAACGUCGUGAACCGCCAGCUCGCGAAGCUCGCCAUGGCGAGCGCGCCGCCGUUCAGCUCGGCGUCCGUCGGCGCGCAGCCGCCCGUCGCGCUGCGGCGCGUCGCCGAUGGCAUCCAGGGCGUGACCGUCAGCAUGCUGAGCGCCGUGCCCCUGGCCCACGACCGCGUCGCCGACGCUUUGCGGAGCGCGUGGCGCGUCGUCGUCGAGAAGCGCGACCGCGUCACGGAGGACGAGCUGCGCAUGGCGCGGCGCGAGAUCCUGGGCGACCUGCAGACGCAGUGGAAGGAGCGGGACCAGACCGAGUCGUCAUCGCUGGCCGACGAGGCGCGGGACCACUUCCUGCUCGCGGCGCCGUACGUCGACGACCGCGACGAGGUCGCGCUCGCGGCCGCGCUGCUGCAGACGGUCACCGUCGAGGACGUCCGAGAGGCGAUCGCGGCCAUGUUCCCCGCGGAGAACCUCGACGCCGUCGUCGCGGCGACGCGGCCCGCGCCGGGCUUCCGGUGGCCCUGGCAGGCGCCCUCAGUGCCCGCUGCGGCGCUCGAGGCCGAGCUAAAGACAUUACUCGACGACGCGGCGGGCGGCGCCGUCGCGGCGACCGAGGCCUUCGACGCCGACGCCUUCUUCGCGCCGCCCACUGGCGAGCGCUCGUCCGUGACAAGCCGGCGCCUGCCUCUGCCGAACGGCCUCGAGGCGCUGGAGCUCUCGCUGGGCAACGGCGGCACGGUCACCUUCGUGCGCACCGACUUUAAGGACGACGAGGUCGUGCUGUUCGGGUGCGCGGCCGGCGGCCUGUCCCGGCUCUGCGGGCGCGACGCGAAGAAAGACGCGAAACUGGCGAUGAGCGCGCGCGGCGGCGCGAGCCUCGCCGGGCGCUACGGCGCCGUCGGCGCCAGUGCAUAA